CUUGGGGAGAUAUGUCAUUUGCUCAAAAUUAAUUUUAACCUAGCUUAACUUAAGUACUAGGCCCGCCCACCCGCAGUCUAUUUUCUUAAAGAGCACCUAUGUCAUUUGCUAAAAUCAAUUUCGAAUCUGAUUUGUUUUGGAAAAAAGUAAUACCUUUUUUUGAAAAUCAAGGACAGUCUUAGGGACAGGUUUAAAAAUAAAUCGCUGUUGGUGUUUUACAUUGUAUUUGUUUAUGUUCAAGCAAGCGUUAACUGCGUUCUACUUUUUUUGUAAUUUAUGGUGCUGCUAUCCUUGCAAGGUCGGGACUUUAAUUAAUCAUUACAUUUGUUUUUAACUGCACUGCAUUUAGAAACCAGUCAGUGCAAUUUUAGACCUUUGGAAACCAAGAAACAUGAUUUUGGCUGCCUUAGUUAUAUUAGUUUCAAUUAUUGUCUUAUAUAUCUACUACGACAACCGAAACCAUCUCCCAGGACCAUGGAAUCUCCCAAUAAUAGGUUACUUGCAUAAGUUAGACCCAGUGUCGCCCCACUUGACUUUGACCAAACUUGCCCAAAAAUAUGGGCCAAUUUUUCGAAUCAGACUAGGUUUAGUAAACAUCGCCGUCGUUUCUGAAGCAAAAUUGCUGAACAAAAUUUUGCUCAAAGACGAAACUUUGGGAAGACCGCCACUUUUUAUGAUGGAUGUGAUGUUUCGUGGCAAAGGGUUAGCAUACACUCCCUUGAGUCUGUGGAAGGAUCAACGUAAAUUCACUAGCAACUUUUUAAAACUAGUUGGAGCUACAAAAUUUUCACCAGUCAGAAAAGAACUAGAAGAUUUUAUAACGAAUUAUGCUGAAGAAUUUCUAGAUCAUGUAAAGACGCAGGGUAACCACGUCACACUAGACCCUUCAGAAGCUUUGGUACACUAUAUUACCAACGUUGUUGGUACUUUAAUUUUGGGCAAACCGUUUUCGCGUGAUGACGAAGUUCGCAAAAGCUUCAUGCACAAUCUUGAGAUAAUAAUGCACGGAGCUCAGGUUGGAGGAACUCUAAACUUUUUACCAUUUUUACGGUUUUUGCCAAAAUAUAGGAAAACGUUAACUACUUUUAGCGACACGGUGGACAAAGUUCGGGAAUGUCUAACCGUCUACAUUAACGAAUACGAAAAACCUAUUUCUAACGACUUUUCUGCUACUAAUUUAAUUGAAGCGUUUUUGUUGCAAAGGUCUAAGGGAGGUCCUCCUGAAAUUUACAACAUGGAUCAACUCAUUUACCUUUUGUUUGAUAUGUUUCUUGCUGGUACCGAAACAACGCUGAGUUCUUUAAAAUGGGUCAUUCUCUACUUAGCACAGUACCAAGAUGUCCAAGAUAAACUUCGCAAAGAAAUUGUUGAAGUUCUACGUGGAAAAACACUCGAAAUGAGUGACGUACCGAAACUGCCGUACACACAAGCAGUACUUUCUGAAGUUUCCAGAAUUAGAACUAUAGCACCACUGGGUUUUCCCCACUUUGCUGAUAAAGAUGUGUUCGUGGAUGACGUGAAAAUUGACAAAGGUCAAAUGAUAAUGCCGUUGUUGUGGGCCAUUCAUAUGGAUCCGAAAGUCUGGGACCAGCCUGAAGAAUUUCGCCCUGAGAGGUUUUUAGACGACGAGAAAAAAAUUGUUUCUUCGGAGUUGAUUCUUCCGUUUCAGUCUGGUAAAAGAAUGUGCGUUGGAUAUGGCUUGGCGAAAAUGAUGAUGUAUAUAUUUGUCGUUGUUCUCGUCAAGAAUUUCAAAGUUGAGCCGUGUGAAUCCAGUCCUAUUGAUUUUUCAGAGGUUUGUGGGCUGUCAUUAGUGCCCAAACCUCAGAAAGUUGUUUUUGUAAAAAUUUAAACGUUGAAAUGGUUUUUUGCAGUAGAUAUUGUAGUCACUUGGUUUAGUUAUGUUGUAAGUCUAGCACUUUGAAAUGCCCAAUAGUUGAA